AAACAAGAAAGGAAGAAAAUAGAGGUCAUUUGGCUCUGUUUUCCUCAUUUUGCCUAUCAAACACCAACAAAUGUGUUCAAUAAGAAGAAACCUAAUCACCUAAUAUGCUUUCACAGAGACAACACAGAGAGUGAACAAUGAGAGUUUCAACAAAGCGCCAUUGUUUCACCACUCUAUUCCUCAUUUUACUUUAUCUCUUCCCAAUUGCAGCAUCUCUACAAACUCUAUCCGCAAAUCAACCACUCAGAGACAACGAAACCCUUGUCUCAGCCAGAGAUGUCUUUGAGCUGGGUUUGUUUCAAGGCAGCUCUGGUUGGUAUUUGGGAAUAUGGUACAAGAACAUGAAAGACACAGUCGUUUGGGUGGCAAACAGAGACACCCCACUUUCUAAGCCAUCUGCAACUCUCAAGAUUGGAGAUCAAGGAAACCUCGUCCUCCUGGACCCUGCCGGAAGCAUCACAUGGUCAUCCAAUCAAACCCAAGCUACCAACCCAGUUGUGCAGCUUUUAGAUUCCGGAAAUUUGGUCCUAAAAGAAGAAAACGGGAGCAACCCAGAAACGUUCCUGUGGCAGAGCUUUGAUUAUCCAACAAACACUUUGUUACCGGGUAUGAAGCUUGGGUGGGACUUAACGACGGGUUUGGAGAGGCACAUAACGGCAUGGAAAAGCGUAGAUGAUCCUUCCACCGGAGAUUUUUCUUUCAAGCUAGAUUACCAUGGAUUCCCUGAAGUUUUCCUUCGAAACAAACAGGUUAUUAAAUACCGAAGUGGCCCUUGGAACGGAGUGAGAUUUAGUGGCGUACCGGAAAUGUCCCCUUCGGACGAUAUAGAGUUUAUCUUUGUAUCGAACAAAGACGAGGUAUAUUACUCUUAUAUCAUAAACGAUACUUCUUUGAUUUCCCGUUUGAUUGUGAAUUCCUCCGGGAAUCUACAACGUUGGACGUGGAUCGAAAGCUCUAAAACAUGGAAUCUAUUCUGGUACGCAACAAAAGAUCAAUGCGACGAUUACAGAGAGUGCGGUCCAUAUGGUAUCUGCGACGCAAACGCAUCGCCGGUUUGUCAAUGUCUGAGAGGGUUUGAGCCGAGCAAUCUGUAUAAUUGGUAUACCCUGAGAGAUGGGUCUGGUGGGUGCGUUAGGAAAACAGAGUUGGAAUGUUCGAAAGACAAGUUCUUGGCCAUGAAGAACAUGAAAUUGCCAGAGUCCACCACAGCAUUCGUUGACAGGACUAUGAAUCUGGAACAAUGUAGAAAGAAGUGUACGGAGAAUUGUUCUUGUACUGCCUAUUCCAAUGCCAACAUUUCAGAUGGAGGAUCAGGCUGUGUCAUGUGGACCGGUGAGCUUAUGGACUUGAGGAAUUAUGCCGAAGGUGGUCAACUUCUGUACGUUAGGUUGGCGGCUUCAGAAUUAGAUGAUUCUGAGAAGACAGAACGGCUACUUGUAAUUAUAGGAAUCUCGAUUGGUGUCUUCGUUUUGCUGUCAGGACUCUUUUUCAUAUGGAAGAGGAAGGCUAUAGGAAAAUUGUGGGAAAGAAAAACGGAGCCUAAAGGUCCCCAAGAAAGAAGUCAGGAUUUCCUGUUGAAUGAUGUGGUUAUCUCAAAGAGGGAAUACUCGGGUGAAAGGGAUGAAGAUGAGCUAGAAUUGCCAUUGUUCGAUUAUGGUACCUUAGUAAUAGCUACAGACAACUUUUCUGAUGCAUAUAAACUAGGACAAGGUGGUUUUGGCAGUGUGUACAAGGGUGUGCUGGUAGAAGGAAAAGAAAUAGCUGUGAAGAGGCUGUCAAAGAAUUCUGGGCAAGGCAUUGAAGAAUUCAAAACCGAAGUUAGAUUGAUUGCAAGGCUCCAACAUAGAAAUCUUGUUCGAUUGCUCGGUUGCUGCAUUGAGAUGGAUGAGAAGAUGUUGGUAUAUGAGUACAUGGAACAUAAAAGCCUAGAUUCCGUUUUGUUCAACAAAGCAAAGAAGUCUCUAUUGGAAUGGGAAAAGCGCUUCAACAUUAUUUGUGGAAUUGCUCGAGGGCUUCUUUAUCUUCACCAGGAUUCCAGAUUCCGAAUUAUUCAUAGAGAUCUCAAAGCAAGUAAUAUCCUACUUGAUGGAGAAUUAACCCCAAAGAUAUCAGACUUUGGAAUGGCAAGAAUAUUUGGUAAAGAUCAGACCGAAGCAAAUACAAGAAGAGUAGUGGGAACAUAUGGCUAUAUGUCUCCCGAAUACGCAAUGGAUGGGCUCUUCUCAGUGAAAUCUGAUGUUUUUAGUUUCGGUGUUCUUGUUUUGGAGAUUAUCAGUGGCAAAAAGAACAGGGGAUUUUAUUAUUCGAACAAUGAACUGAACUUGCUGGCAUUUGCAUGGAAGCUAUGGAAAGAAGGAAAGGGGUUGGAACUUGUAGAUUCGUCUGUGGGUGAUUCAUACUCGGCUUCCGAAGCCUUAAGAUGCAUACAAGUUGGCCUGCUAUGCGUCCAAGAGCAUUCAGAAGACAGGCCUACCAUGUCCUCUGUAGUUUUGAUGCUGAGUAGUGAAAGUGCAACAAUGCCACACCCUAAGAACCCUGGGUUUUGUCUUGGAAGGAAUCCUGCUGAAACUGAUUCAUCAUCCAGCAAACAAGAAGAAUCGUGCACUGUGAACCAAGUUACAGUCACAGUAUUGGAUGCUAGGUAGUUAUAUUAACUACAUUUUUUGUAUAUGAAGGAAAGAUUAAGGCAAAUUCUGUAUAUAUUGUUUCAUCCGAGAUUUUUCCCUACAAUUUUGAGUUUUGGUGCACUGUCUUUGUCUAAUUCAAGAUGUCCAAUUACAGUUUUCAAUGAUAAUGCUCAUUUGUUUCUAUUUAAAUAAUAAUUAUGUUUAAACA